UUUUGAGUUUUGGUUUUUACACGCCGGUUGAAUGGUUAAUGUUUCUCCUCGUCGACAGCAGGUUGAUUGUGUGCUUCACAACAUGUGGCUCCGCAUCUCCCUCUUAGGUUCGAGAUGAUCAAACAUGUUUCAGCCCUAGUUGUUCUUCGUAUUCUUUUUUCUUUGCAAGAAAGCCUUUCUUAUGUAAUUUCCUUUGUCGGCGUUUCGGUAGACGUUUGCUAUCGACCUUCUUCGUGUAGCUGCAAGCUCGAGUCGGUCGUGGCUGAGAAAGAGCUCAGCAAUCCAGGCAACCGUGCACACCUCUCUUGCACAGAGAGGCUCAGCAUGCGCUGCAACAGCACGCGAGUAUCAGUCAACUGUUCGCAUCAGUUGUGUUCAAUAACAAUAGCGGAGGAUGCCGAAGUAAGCUCCGGUUGAUGGAAGAAAGAGUAUAGGAAGGAUCGUGAGUAUAUAGUAGCACGGACACAAUGCUCGAAGCCAACUCAGCCCGACGACAAUCAGCAAACACAAUAACUACCGAUGUGGGUCCGGCAAGGUGCCGG